AUUCAAUAGAAUUUUAGGUGGGCGAUGACUUUCAUCGUUAGAUGAGGAACUGAGUCACAGUUAGCUGUAGUUGGCAAUCGAGGCGUAGACAUGUGUGGAAUUUUUGCCUAUCUGAACUACCAUGUGCCACGGACUCGCCGGGAGAUCCUGGAGAUCCUCCUCAAAGGCCUGCUCCGUCUGGAGUACCGUGGCUACGACUCUGCCGGUGUUGGAAUUGAUGGCGGGAACGGCAAGGAAUGGGAGGCCAAUGCCCGGUCUAUUCAGCUGAUCAAGCAGAGCGGAAAAGUGAAGGCUCUUGACGAUGAGAUCACCAAGCAGCAGGACAUGGACAUGGAUGUGGAGUUUGAUGUCCACCUUGGCAUCGCCCACACUCGCUGGGCUACCCAUGGUGCCCCCAGCCCUGUCAACAGCCACCCACAAAGGUCUGACAAGAGCAACGAGUUCAUUGUCAUUCAUAAUGGAAUUAUCACAAACUACAAAGACCUGUGGAAAUUCCUGGAGAGCAAGGGUUAUGAGUUUGAGUCCGAGACAGACACAGAGACCAUUGCCAAGCUGGUGAAGUACAUGUAUGACAACCGUGAGAGUGAAGACCUCAGCUUUGCUACUCUGGUGGAGAGAGUGACCCAGCAACUAGAGGGAGCUUUUGUCCUAGUCUUCAAGAGUGUCCAUUACCCUGGGGAGGCAGUAGGCACUCGGAGGGGAGGUCCUCUGCUUAUUGGGGUGAAAAGUGACCACAAGCUGUCCACAGAUCACAUUCCUAUCCUGUAUCGAUCAUCCGGUAAAGACAAGAAGGGCUGCCCCACCCUGCCCAGGAUGGAGCAGGACACCUGCCACACACUCUUCGCUGAGGACAAGAAGUCUGUGGAGUACUACUUUGCCUCUGAUGCCAGCGCGGUGAUUGAGCACACCAACCGGGUGAUCUUCCUGGAGGAUGAUGACGUGGCAGCGGUGACGAAUGGACGACUCACCAUCCACCGCAUCAAGCGUACAGCCGGAGACCACCCUGCCCGCGCCAUCCAGACCCUGCAGAUGGAGCUGCAGCAGAUCAUGAAGGGUAACUACAGCUCCUUUAUGCAGAAGGAGAUCUUUGAACAGCCAGAGUCUGUGGUUAACACCAUGAGAGGAAGGGUCAACUUUGAUGACAACACGGUAAUCCUGGGUGGACUGAAGGAUCAUAUUAAAGAGAUCCAAAGGUGUCGACGGCUCAUCCUAAUCGCCUGUGGCACCAGUUACCAUGCUGGGGUAGCGACUCGCCAGGUACUGGAGGAGCUGACUGAGCUGCCUGUUAUGGUGGAGCUGGCCAGCGACUUCCUGGAUAGAAACACACCAGUGUUCCGUGACGAUGUCUGCUUCUUCAUCAGCCAAUCAGGUGAGACGGCAGACAGCCUGAUGGCCCUGCACUACUGUAAGGAGAGAGGAGCCCUGACGGUGGGCGUCACCAACACAGUGGGCAGCUCCAUCUCCAGAGAGACCGACUGUGGGGUGCACAUCAACGCUGGGCCAGAGAUAGGAGUGGCCAGCACCAAGGCCUACACCAGUCAGUUUGUGGCUCUGAUCAUGUUUGCGCUGUUGAUGUGUGAUGACAGGAUCUCCAUGCAGCCACGGCGACGUGAGAUUAUCCAGGGACUGAGAGUUCUGCCAGACCUGAUCAAGGAAGUGCUGAGUCUGGAUGAUGAGAUCCAGAGACUGGCCGCAGAGCUGUACCAGCAGAAGAGUGUUCUCAUCAUGGGCAGAGGCUACCACUACGCCACCUGCUUGGAGGGAGCACUGAAAAUCAAGGAGAUCACGUACAUGCACUCAGAGGGCAUCCUGGCUGGAGAGCUGAAGCACGGCCCUCUGGCCCUGGUCGACAAACUCAUGCCCGUCAUCAUGAUCAUCAUGCGAGACCACACCUACACCAAGUGUCAGAACGCACUGCAGCAAGUGGUGGCCCGCUCGGGCCGACCCAUCGUGAUCUGUGACAAAGAUGAUUAUGAGACUGCCAAGAGUUCGAGCCGCACCAUCAAAGUGCCGCACUGUGUGGACUGUCUGCAGGGCGUUCUGAGUGUCAUCCCCCUGCAGCUGCUCUCCUUCCACCUGGCUGUGCUCAGGGGCUUUGACGUGGAUUUCCCAAGGAACCUGGCCAAAUCUGUGACGGUGGAGUGAAACAUGCCAUUUGAAGCCCCAAAAACCCAUUUCACUUCACAUACAUACAUACACACAUACACACAUACACACAUACAGGAACAGCUGUCACAUGGAUACCAAGAGGAGCAGAGAGAGCACACUUUCCUGUUUUAUAUGUCUUGUCAUAUUUUUAUGCAAUUGUUACUCUUGUACUCUAAACAUUCUGUAUCUCUGUCACUUCUCUCAAAACACAUUUGAAGGCAUUGUUAUGAAUUGUAUUGUUUUUUUGUCAAGUGUGGUAAGGUAAGGGUUGGCAGUAAUGUUGGCAUUUAGGAGCUCACAUCGGUUACUGGAGUGCAUGCAGUUAAUGAUCCAACUAAAGGAAAGAUGGAAAAUAUAUCUAUUUUGGAUGAUGCCCAACAGUGCUCAUAACUGAAAUGUGCACAUCUUUUCAAUGUUGACUACUUGCAGCUGUUUUUUCAGUUAAUUCAGCUGUUUGUUGGCUGAAGUCAAGAGUCUAUAGGAAAGUCUUACUGAAGUUUCUGGUUCUUUUGGUGUUUCAUUGGUGCAAUGAUUUUGUCUAUUGAGAUCAGUUUUAUUUGGCAGCUAGAACAUCUAUAACCGUCAUUUGAAAUGUUUCUGUUACUUUUGUGUAUGUUGAGUGAAGUCUUAAAUCAGUCCGAGUCAUAUUGUAGUCCCGACUCUAAAUCUGAAGUGCUUCCAGGAAGAAAGUCUGUUAAGUCAUGCUUUAGCCUACUGACCUGUGCCAGAGGUUGACAACUCCCCCGUUGUUUUCCUCGGAAUGCCAUAAUGACAAAUGAUUUUUGACUUGUAACUUGUAAAGGUUUUUGAAUGUUUUAUAGUACAACAAGAAACGUGUAACAUGCUUGCUUGUGUAUACUAUUGUGUAACUUUUUACGUUAUUGGCGAGGUUACAAAAGCAACUUGCAGUGAUGCACUCCUUGUGGUUUGGCAGACCUCGUAUAGGAGAGUUAACAAACUCUCGCCUAAACCAUGUUGACCAUCUGAAUGAUUGACUGUCCUGGCAUAAUAAUCAUGCUUUUAAAAUUCUACCAGCUACUGUGUCUGAGUGACAUGAUUUGAAUAAUUUACCCAAUCAUUUGAAAGAUGGCACCGUACAAUGUUAGAAAUUAUCACUUAUCUCUCUAAGCCUAUGUUACUGUCAUUGUGAUUUGGUGGAAGUGUAGCAAUAUUCAAAACUCUUUAAUUUCACUGGUCUUGUUGACCUAUUUUCUGCCUUGUUGCUGAGGAGGCUCAAUUUGGGUCUCUGGUCUACAAUAUAACUCUAAAUAGAAGGAAAAAGUACCAAGUGAAAUGAAGUUGCUGCUCAGAGUGCUAUUUGCACCAACAUUUUGCCUACCCCAUGCCCUGCCACCAUACCAAUUUUAAUUGCAAUAUUGGGACCAUUUUUUUUUCCUUUAUAUUAAUUUGUACGUUUCUCAUUUAGUUUACUUGGUAGAAAGCUUCUUUUUGAUCUGAAUGUGACUGACAUUCGAGAUGUCCCCUGUACCCAAAAAAGGUCACUAUUUUACAAUCACUUAUGCAGUCAAAAACCAAAAACUUUUUCUAUGUUAAAUUUGCUUUGAGUAACCAAAGGUAUGGUUUUAGAGAUUAUGUUCGUAGGGGUUUGUGUGUACUGUAAGUGGUCUGUCCAGAUAGAGGCCUACAGGGCAAUACAGCAAGCUUGUUAAAAUAUGUAGCUGCUAUUGUAGAUGGAACUCAACAUGUCAGCUGUGUGCUCUCCCAAAUGUCUAAUAAAUUAGUCUUUUUAUAAACCAAGGUUGAAGCAAAGCAGAUACACUGGUUUGCAUGUAAAAUCACAGAGAAGAAAAAAUACUUUCUAAAUAAUGGGCCAUUCUAGUUUUUUUUCACUUUUCAGUUUAAGAUCUUUGUCUUGCUGUUGCAAUCAAGCCUUAAAAUUUGAGUUUUUAGGCAAAUCACCUGAAAAGUGGUCUCUAUUCAGCCUUUGCAUCUGUUUCUUCUUAAUUGUAUUGCAUUUACUGAGCCAGUGUACUGUAUGCGCCCACGUUGACUAAGGACCCUAGCAAAGACCCAGUUUUAAACUGGACAUGGUACUAUUAGAAGUGAUUUAGUAACCCAUGAACCGCUUUAGGGUCUUUCUAUAAAUAACAAGGACAACGUGUGACACUGGGAUCAACAUUUCUAAAUGGUUUGAAAUAAAAAGGCUUUUCAUGCAGUU